CGUGUUGACUUUUUGUCCUCGCUUGCUCCUCAUCCCUCGAACCUCAUCCCCCAUCCUUAUCCCUCCAUCCUUAAUCCUUUGCAUACUCCAGACAUGUCCUCAUCUACACCCCGCUCCAUGACCGCUGGAGCGCGUAAUAUCCUGCGCUCGAACGACUCGGCCUCACUCUGGAACUACACGGUCGCCCCAGGCUGGAGCAUGAAGGAAGCUGAAAUUCUACGCAAGGCACUGAUGAAGUUUGGGGUCGGCAAUUGGUCAAAGAUCAUCGAGUCGAACUGUUUGGUUGGAAAAACGAAUGCCCAGAUGAACUUGCAGACACAACGCAUGCUAGGCCAGCAAAGUACUGCAGAAUUUGCGGGAUUGCAUAUUGACCCAAGAGUGAUCGGCCAGAAGAAUUCUUUGAUCCAGGGAGACCAUAUUCGACGCAAGAACGGAUGUAUCGUCAACACAGGAGCGAAGCUUUCGAGAGAAGAGAUUCGUCGCAGGGUGGCAGAGAACAAGGAACAAUACGAACUCCCAGAGGAAGAAUGGAGCGUCAUCGAGCUGCCUUUACCGGAAGACCCACAACUACUUCUGGAGGCGAAGCGGUCAGAAAAGAUCCGAUUAGAGUUGGAGCUGAAGAACGUACAACGCCAGAUUGGCAUGUUACGGAAAUCAGGAAAGACAAAGAUAGAGAUCGAAGGCUCAGAGUCGCCCAAAAUGGAGCAGGAUGAGGACGAUCGGGAAGAGAUGAUUGAAGACCAACCGAUAGGAAAGCGACCGAGGAUCGAAGCAUAAGAUUUGAGCACAACAUCGAUCCAAUAUCAUUCAUAUAAAUCUUCAACAAAGACAGCACUGGAUUCCCCUUUGUAUGUUAUUCUGAUGCCGAAAAAAGCGUUCGAGAAAGACA